GUGUGUGUGUGUGUGUGUGUGUGUGUGUGUGUGUGUGUGUGUGAGAUAGAGAGAAAGAGAUAACACGGAGAGGGUUUCUGCACUCGAACAUGCUCAAUUUGCCCGGCAAAAUACGUCAUGUUCGCUUUGCCCCUCAACAUGCCUGCCUGUCGUAGCGGCAGCGCUGUAGCCUACAGAGAACGGGGAUGAUAGAUGAACCGCAGUUUAUAUGUUGAUAUCUGUUGGAUGCUGCAGCAGCGACGGCCUUCCGUGUUUAGUCCAUGCGGAAGAGUGCUUUCUAAACGGCUAAUAGAGGAUUUCGACCUGGAUAAAAUAGAUUAGGAAGCGGACUCACCCAGAAACAGCUCCAUCCACCCAUACCAUCGAAUGUGUUGAUCACAGGGCGGCCCAGUUGUCCUAAAUCGAAGCCGGGAGCUAGAUUUGGAACGUCGCAGGAACAUGGAGGAACUAUGAGGGGAGGAGGAGAAGGAGAGAGGGAGAACAGACUCUCUGCUGGAGGCCAGGUUCUGACAUUAUCAUCCAGUUGGGACCAGAGCAGAACACAGUGACUCGUCAGAUGUUGAAGCGAUGGCCGUGUGGACUGAGCUAUAGCGCUGCAAGAUUCAUACACAUAGAUGCCCCCCUCCUAACCCCCCGAGCCCCCUACAGCCUCCCCACCCUCCCUCUGUCUCUCCUCCAUCUCUCCUUCCUCUGUAAUCCUUCUACCCCCUCUGAUCCCAGCCUCUUUCUGAUCUAAUUGUCUCUCACUGUCUUCUUCUCUCCUUUUCUCUUUUUUUCUCUUUUUCUCUCAAUCACCCCCCCCCCCCUCUCUCCCUCCCUCCAUCAUGGCGUGUUGUGGUCGCUCUCUUGACUCCCCCUGUACCCUGGCCCUAUUGGUGGGCUUCCAGUUUGCCUUUGUGGUCUACUUCUCCCUGGGGGGCUUCAGGGGGCUGGUGUCUGUACUGGUCCACUCUGAGCAGCCUGAGUUUGACUACUCCCGCCCCCACGACGUGUACACCAACCUCAGCCACCUGGGGGUGCCACCAGUCCCCCACAUAGGCACGGGACCACCAGGGACAGGGGCUCAGCUGAAGGACUGCAAGAUGCCCUCACCACUACUGGUCGGUCCUGUAUCUGUGCGUCUGUCCUCGCCUCUCUCUCUGGAGGAGAUCAGGGAGAGGAACCCGUUGGUGUUACCGGGAGGCCGGUACAGCCCCCCAGAUUGCCAGCCGCGCCACCACACGGCCAUCGUGGUGCCGUACCGUAACCGCCAGACUCACCUCCGAGCCCUACUCUACCACCUCCACCCCUUCCUACAGAGACAACAGAUUCACUACAGUAUCUACAUAGUCCAGCAGUGGGGUAACUCUACAUUUAACCGGGCUAAGCUGUUGAAUGUUGGGGUCCGUGAGGCGCUGAGAGACGAGGACUGGGGGUGUAUCUUCCUACACGAUGUAGAUCUGCUGCCUGAAAAUGACCAUAACACCUACAGCUGUCACAAUCAGUUCCCCACACACCUCUCUGUUGCCAUGGACAAGUUCAGAUACAGGUUGCCGUACCCCCAGUAUUUUGGAGGGGUAUCUGCGGUCACACCUGAGCAGUACAUGAAGAUGAACGGAUUCCCAAACAGCUAUUGGGGCUGGGGUGGGGAGGACGAUGACAUCGCCGCCAGAGUGCGUCUGUCUGGGAUGAAGAUAGUGCGCCCUCCAGUGGCCAUCGGACAUUACAAGAUGAUCAAGCAUAAAGGAGACAAGGGCAAUGAGCAGAAUCCACGCAGGUUUGACCUUCUGAAACGGACCAGGCUCAACUGGCAUUCUGAUGGUCUGAACUCUCUGACCUACGAACUGUUAUCCAAAGAGCUGCAGCCUCUCUACAUCAACCUGACGGUCGACAUCGGGGAUGACCCUCGUCUGCCCCAGAGAAAGGCCACGCCUCCUAUGCCCAAACGUGAGGUGAAGGGGGAUGAAUUACCUCCCCUUGUGCCAUGGAGCAAACAUGGAUCAAAGAGGAGGGGAGACACACCCCUUGCAACCAAACAUGACAUAAAGGGGGAAGGGCAAGCCGUUAAAGUGGGUGUGGUUACAGCUGUGACUACGGCUAAACCUAAAGCUGACACGGUAGACCACGCCCAGUCAAAGACAGUGCAUCAGACUGUAGAUGAGAGGGCGAGUGUGGUAAAGUAGGAAGAAGGGCUGGAGAUAUGGGGUGCAUCUCAUUGGUCUAAAGCUGCCCCCUCUCCUCUUCUCUCCUGCAUCUGAAAACACAGGAUGGGUGUUAGCAAUGUGGAGGAUGUUACUGUCCUGUCCAGUUCUACCACAUCAAUGCAGAUGAAGGAAAUGACGUGAUGAGAGGAAGCCAGAGAUGCACUGAGAUGUACACUAAAAUGACACACCUUCUGUUCCUGUAUUAUCAUAGGGUCCCCUAUGAGGGGACCAGUAAAGCUAGCUAUGUCCGUGAAACUGUAGAUAUUGUGAAGCAUAGGGCUUACGCUACAGCCAACUCAAAACCCUUCUGAAUGUGACUCACCUCCAGCGACAGUCAAGGUAUUCAAACAAACUCUCCACCCUUCCUCUCUCAGAAGACUACACCACCGUUAUUACCAGUUGGUUUCAUUGGUUCUUAAACCUCUCUUCGGGGAUCAGACGUUUCACCGUUUUGUUGUAGCCCUGAGUUAGCUCACCUGAUUCCAGUAGUCAACAGCUUGAUGAGCUACUGAAUCAGGUGUGCUAGCUCUGGAAUAGUUCAAAUAUAUGGGGGUCCCUGAGGAGAGGUUUGAGAACCACUUGAACCAGACAACUGGUAUGUAAAGGGUGUUGUAGUCUUCUGAGAGCGGAAGGGUGGAGUGGUUUUAGAAACACUGGUCUGAUGGACAGGUAACGUUAUGUGGUGAACAUUCAUUCUGAAGAGAGAGAUUGUGAUAUCAGCAUUUAAUCAAACCCAAUUGAAACUCCGGAGUUCCUUUUUUCAGCCAAUGGAAUGCCAGAUCUUGCAAGCAACCAAUCCGCUGCAAACCCACUGCUGCUCUGAGCCAAUCAUCUCCUAGUUGACUUCUGGCUUCAGCCUAUCCGCUCCCAGAAACUGCUGCUGUUGGUCCGCCCUAUUGUGUGGGUCAGUGUUUCUGUGCCUUCUCUCUUCUAUUGUCCCUAGACGCUGAUCUGGGGUCAGUUUUCUGUUGGCCCUGUUAUGGUUAAGUGUAUAUAUAUUGGGUCAGGGUAAACUGAUGCUAAGUCUGUAUCUACAGGCUACUUCUUCUCCGAGCACCAUUUUAUAUCCGUUUGCCCGAUCAGUGCUUUCACACUCCAGACGUAUCAGAUGACUGUAGGAUUUAUAUUUAUAUAGAGAUGUUUGUUUACUUUGAGUCAGGUGCCUCUUGAUUGUGUAUUUGGGUUUAGAGACAAUCUAAUCGAAGGGUAAAAACGUUAACUGUUACUAAUCGCUUCACAUAGAGAAAGAAAUCUCUCUGUAAAGGGAAGUGAAGUAUUCUAUGCCUCAAAUACAUUAGACUUGGUUCUAUAGUUUGUUUUCUAGUUUGAAUAUACUGUCUUUAAGUGAGUGAACUUAUGUCCAUCCAGUACAGAAUCCCUCAUAGCCAUCCAUGUUGAUUUCAUAUCAGCCAUCCAUGUUGAUUUCAUAUCAGCCAUCCAUGUUGAUUUCAUAUCAGCCAUCCAUGUUGAUUUCAUAUCAGCCAUCCAUGUUGAUUUCAUAUCAGCCAUCCAUGUUGAUUUCAUAUCAGCCAUCCAUGUUGAUUUCAUAUCAGCCAUCCAUGUUGAUUUCAUAUCAGCCAUCUGGAAUGUACUGUACAUACUUUAUCAUACUAGUUUACUGUAAUCCAAAAACGAUAAGAUAUGUUUCAGUGAGGGGAGGUUCUGGAGCCAGUUUGUAGGAGGAGCUAUAAGGUAACUACCUAUACUGUAUUUCCUGCUGCGCUGUGAUUGGCUAAAGGAGUGUGUCGGGGGGGCUCUGUAGAUUCUCCUGUAUAGGACAUAGGGUUUCAUUAGAGAGAUGCUCAUUUCAAGCUUUUAUGCUGUUCAUGAGUUGAUAGAAUAGUUUUUUUAUAUUCAGAUCCACGUUAGCUGUUGAAGAAUCAGCAACUAUUCUUCUUGGGGUCCACACAAAGCAUAGAACAUAACCAAAUACAGGUUACUAAUGGACAAGAACAGCAACACAAACAAUUAGAGUAUUUUAAAAAGAAGAAGAAAGAGAAAAUAAAUGAAUAAUGCUAAUCUUAAAAAUUCAAGAAUAAUGUGUGUUUUGAAAGUUGUUGUUUUUUCAUGAUUUAUUUCACUAAACUACUGUUUUACUGAUGCUAA